UUUAAUCAUGCAACACCGGGGAAGUCUUUCUGCCACCAAAGGGUCAAAUAGAAUCGACAAGCAUACGUUUUCACAGAUUGUUUGACAAUGAUUAUGCUUUAUCUAUUAAUAAUAAUCGGGGACUGCAGAUGGCUUAAAUCGAAAUGCAAGCCUCUUCUGGAACUUUCAUCUCUGCAGUCCAUCCAAGAAUGCGUUAGGUGUAAUUACAAUUUUUUAGAAAAAAAAAUUUAAUUGUAAUUUCAAUGCAAAUAAGUAUCUCGCACGUAGAAUGUCUUUACCCCUCCUAAUGCACGCAUCCGCUGUAUAAAGUGCGACUGCUUGUAGAGCACUCUAGCCUCGUCUAAAGCAGCUCGGGGAUUUCGACAGAGCUGGGCUCAGAAGCCAGUUGUUGGCGCUGUCCGUGGUGCUGAGGAAUUCCCGGCUGCCGGCAGAAUGAGCUCCAAAUCAGCAAUCUGCAAACUGCUCUUACUGAUGCAGAAACCCAGCUAAAGUUGCUCCUUUCCUUCACGUCCAUAGUUAGUAUUUUCCGGUGUGUAACAGGGGAUUCAAGCAACAUACUGUGGACGAUGGUGAUGGUAUUGCCAGCGGAGUGGGCUUUAAGCUACAGCAUGCUGUUGCUGUUUGUGAUCCUCCGAGCCUAGCCAAAUCACCUCUACUGCCGUAGCAAACACCGUGUAAGUGAACUCAUGUGUGGAGGAGGCGUAAUCAGCCGGGAAAUUUCAUAGAAGGAUCUAAGAAAAUGCUAAAAAUAAGUUCAACAUGAUUCUGCUACUGGGGUCUGGAUUUCUACAGGACCAGCAUUGCUUCUUGCUUUGAAUUCUGAAGACAGGUCCAAAGCAAAUUUCUUAUGUGUUUCUGCUGUGUUUCUUUCUGGAAGGGCGGGAGACUGCUUCUUUACUGUGUUUUGAAAUGGGAGGUAGAAAGAAUGGAUUGCCUUUAAUUCAUGCCUAAAAAUGUAUUCUUUGGGUAAUUAAAGAGGAACUGCUUUCUUAAAACAUAGCUGACCUUUUAGUUCAUUUUGGGCUGUGACCCCUACCACCACCAUUAACCUCCAGAGUGAUUAGCCUACCCCUCUUGUAUUCCCAUGGAAGGAGCUGAGUGUAUUUAAUAUUAGGAGUACAUCCAGAAGUCUUUGAAGAGGGGGAUGGCUCUUCAUAUUCAUGAAGCUUGCAUACUUCUGUUGGUCAUCCCUGGAUUGGUCACCUCUGCUGCUAUCAGUCAUGAAGACUAUCCUGCUGAUGAAGGUGACCAGAUCUCCAGUAAUGACAAUUUGAUCUUUGAUGACUAUCGAGGGAAAGGGUGUGUCGAUGACAGCGGCUUUGUAUACAAGUUGGGAGAACGAUUUUUCCCCGGGCAUUCCAACUGUCCAUGUGUCUGUGCUCUAGAUGGACCUGUUUGCGACCAACCAGAAUGCCCUAAAAUUCACCCAAAGUGUACUAAAGUGGAACACAAUGGAUGCUGUCCUGAGUGCAAAGAAGUAAAAAACUUCUGUGAAUAUCACGGGAAAAAUUACAAAAUCUUGGAGGAAUUUAAGCCCUCUCCAUGUGAAUGGUGUCGCUGUGAGCCCAGCAAUGAAGUUCACUGUGUUGUAGCAGACUGCGCAGUUCCUGAGUGUGUCAACCCAGUCUAUGAACCAGAACAAUGUUGUCCUGUCUGCAAAAAUGGUCCAAACUGCUUUGCAGGAACUACAAUAAUUCCAGCUGGCAUUGAAGUGAAAGUGGACGAAUGUAACAUCUGUCACUGUCACAACGGGGACUGGUGGAAGCCUGCUCAGUGUUCAAAACGUGAAUGCCAAGGCAAGCAGACUGUGUAGGACAAACUUCCAACCAAUGACAAGUUCUUAGGAAAGGAUGCUAUGGCUUCAACACUGCACAUGUUUAACACAAAACAAAACAAACUCCUGCCAGCUACAACAGGGUCACCAGCAAAACCUUCUAGGGUUGACAAAAGUGAAUAUUUUACUAAGAGGAAAUUUCUCUUUCUCUCUUGCUAUAUAAAAUAUAUAUAGUAUAUAGCUAUCUAAAUCGCUUUUGUAUUUACCAAUGCUUGAUGGUGACUUGACGAACAGAUUUCUGGAACAAAAAGAAAGAAAUAGCCUUGCACAGGCUCCUUCCCUGGUGAUGCCUCUGACCUACCAGCUCACUGUCCCCUGGUUUACUUCAUUUUUACUCUUCUGUACAUCGUACAUGGCAUUGUUCUCCUGUGUUUUUUUUUUUUUUUUUUUUCACUUGUAGAGUCUAAGGGGCUAGAUUUGACUGCGCACAGUAAAGUUUUGAGUUGUGUCAAAAAAGGUUUGGUGAAGGAAUGUCAGGGGAAAGAUCUUUCCCGAGCUGGGAGACACAAGAGCAUCCAGUCAAUUGCUCCUCUAGGGUGAAUCAUGCCCUGUAGACUAAGGAAAGGGGGGUGGGCACAUAGACGGACCUAUUGCUGGACAAGGUUGGGAACAAGUACUUUGUCCAUUAGGUGGGGGCUCACAAUUCUUACAAACCACACAUUUCACAUGGAAAACCUUGAAACUGCCAAUCAAAAUCUAUUAUGUAAAGAACACCAUGAGCUUAACUGAAGAAUCCAAAGAGAGACAGAUCUUUAAAAUUGUAGCAUUAAUCAUCAGACUUUUUCAUGAUGUGAAAUUUGAGUUUGGUUUGUAACUAAACACACUCUAAACUCACUCUGUCAUCGGGCAAUAUAAAUACCAGAACCAGGGUGAGAAACCCCACUGUGAAUCCAAAUCCUUCUGAACAUCUCUGGCUUUUGAGUUCAGAUUUGGCUAAAAGUCAGUAGUACACACUGGCAGUUUUUGUAGUUCAGGACUGUAUUUGCCAUGUUGUAGUAACAACCACUCAGCCCUACGUCUGAAACACAGAUUCAGGACACUCUUUCCACCUCAAGUGCUGAUUAAAAUUAAAGAUUAGGGUAGAGUGAGUCUUGCACAAUACAAUUCCAUUUGUUGAACAUUUUUUAAAAUGUAUAUAUUAGAUACUGAAAACUUAAAAUGAACCUUUGAAGAGUCUCCAGGUUGCCCUGGUAAUGCUGCUAGUAUAGUAACAGAAAAAACAAAAUACACAGGGUAUCUGAUGCCACCUCAAUUCAAGUGCAAAAUUAACAAUUCUGAAAACACAUGGCAUAGUUAGUUGCUUAUUCCAUGCUCCUGUCGUAAAAACCCUGGCACAGAUCUGAUAGGGUCCUUGAAGAGACUUUACAGUUGUCUUUAUUAUCAGCGUUCUUUCUUUUUCUGCUCCCCCAAGCUGGGCUUUGCCAUAGCUCCUGUAGAGUGCCAUAUUCUAGAGCAAGGAGUCUCAAUCUUAGUAGGAUUGACAUUUGGGGCCAGAUCAUUGUCUGUUGGUGGGGGCUGUCCUAUGUGUUUUUAGGAUGUUUAGCAGCAUCUCUGGCUUCUAUCCACUAGGUGCCAGUAGCAACAUCCCAGCGGCGGGUGACAACCAAAUGUCUCCAGAUAUUGCCUGAUGUCCUUAAGGAGUGGGAGUGAGGGGCAUAAUUUCACCUGGUUGAGAACCAGUGGCCUAGAAUAAUCGGUAGUGGUUUCUGCCAGGGAACACACUAGGCAAGCUCUAGCAGCACGUGUGGCUUUUGUGAGCUUCUGAUCCCUUUGGAACAUGUACAGUCAGUAUUCCCAAGGGCUCAGUCUUCUCCAUAGAGAGUGAGGCUUCUAAUGCUAUAGGCCCACCCUCAGGAAACGUAUUUUUUUAGUCUUGUCAACUGGUUUUUCAUUUAAAAUUGUCAGCCUCUCCUCCCUGGAAGCAUCUCCUGUCAUCAAGAGUUGUCAUUUCCAAAAUUAAUGUGCCGACGAGUUGGACCUGACAUUUUUACGCACACUGUGCUUGUGUUAUGAUACAAAGAGCCAUGCUGGCACCAUCCUGAGGAAGAACAUCAAGCCACCUUCCCUUAGAACACCAAUUUGCAGCAAGGUUGGUGCCUUUCAGUUGCCACCAUGGAUACAUCAUAUAGACAGUCAUGAAUCAUUCAUGAGCAAUGCUGCAUGAUUUAUGUCUGCACUCAAAAGUAAAGGCACUCCACACUUCAGCUUGUGUCUAGACAGAGAUGUAUUAUAGAGCUUUCUUUGCCCUGAGGUUGCCUGUUGCCAACUUCAAAAAUCCACACUCUUGGAAAGAAAUAAUAAUAAUAAAUGACAGGAAUAAGGUUGGAAACUCAGAAAAUAUCAUUAAUAGAGCCAUGCAGCAUAGUACCUUAUCUAUUAUUAAGGAGUUACUAUGUCCUUUUUUAGAAAACAGAAAGAGUGCAACUGGGAAGCUGAAGUGCAGAAAUUUUGCAUCUAAGUAUUGGCACAGUGAGAGUCACAGCAAGAAUUUACUAGAAUGGAAUGGGACAUCCAUUAAGGAUCUCUCUACAGAGAGUUUGCAGAAAGCAGGCUGUUCUGUGGCCUCUGAUAACCAGCUAGAGAGAGAGAGUUUUAUUGUGGGUUUUGUUGUUGUUGGAUUUUCUUUUUCUCAAAGUUUCACUACAAGCUGUUUCCUUUAAGAUUUUGUAGCACUGACGUUUUUCCCUCUUUAGGGAGAGAUGAACUUAUACUGUGACAAUUUCUCAUAAACUGAUAAACAUUUACAACUUCCUUCUACCCAGGUCAUUGAGAAAUUCUUUCCGGACUCUGAACAAGAGAGCUCUGGUCUCAUCUGUUGUUUGUUUCUUGUGAAGUCUUUGUUCGCAGCCACACUGUCACCUCUGUACUCCUAUUUCUCCUCCGCCUUUGGUUCUCGGCUUUAAUGACGGCUAUGUUAAAAUAAGGGAUCAACAUCUUGUUUGUCAGCUGAUGCCUAUUAAAAAUGAUUCAGUUUCUAAAAUCUUUGAAAAAUGGUGUGCCUGAAAACUAGUGAGAAAAAAAAAAAAAAAACCUGAACACUAAACUGUAAAAAGGGGAUUCUAGCAACAAUAUUUCAUGUGUAAAAGAAUAUAUUAUUAAAAAAUUAUUUUGUUAAAUAUAAAGUGUGUUAACCAGCAAA